GACACCAAUGCAAAAACGCACACAAUUGGUUAAAAAGUGAAAGCCCGUGAAAGGGUUUUUUCCCUAAUAAUCAGAAUAUCGCGAGUUCCGGGAAUAGUACCUUUGACCACUGAAAAUUACAGAGAAAGAGGCUCCUCUUUACGUAUAUUUACGUAUAUGGCAGAAAGUGAAGACGACAGUCGAAGUUUUCAGUUGAAGAGCAAGUUUUUACACAAAUUAAGAAGACAUCAUGUGAGCUGCACCAGUUUGCUGUUUUAACAAAUAAUUUGAAAGGAAAGUUCAGUUAAAAGUAACCAGCUUCUCUUAUUUUAUCCAGAAAGUUUUUACUCUGUUGUCAUAAAAGACUGACAGGUGGCUUUCUGAGGAGUUUGGCUUAUCUAAACCAAAUAUGGCCGACGAGAACUUUUCAAGACAACAAAACUCCCUUCCAGGCGAUGACAUUAAUAACAGAAUUAUUCAGGAAGAUGGUUUCUCUGGCACAGUUAUUGAUGCACUACAGGAUGUUUCAACAUCUGGUCCAGAUGCACAAGAUUUGGUGUGGAACAGACGUUCACCUGUUUCACACAAUACAAUGGAUGGACCCCACACUCGACAGUUACCACAGGGUAUUAAUAACCCUGUUGCAAGAUCAAGACAGUCUCAUUUUCAGGCUUCGGUAAAUCAUGAUACAUCUUACGGCAACCCUCAGGUCACCACUCCUUUGCAAAGACAUUCAAACCUUCCAUCAGAGCAGUCAACUCAGGAAGGAGAACGUACUGUGCAUAUAACUAUUAGGAGAAGACAGGUCCCUCUGGAAGGUGCGGAAAGAUUUACUGAUCUCAGAGAAGAAGAAAAAGAAGCUGAAAUAAGAGAAAGAAGAGCUGCUAUAGUAGAAGAAUAUCUGGCUGUUAAUGAGUCGGACAUUUCUCGACAGAACUUACUGGAUUUGUGUGCACUACUUGUGAAUGCUGAUGUAGAUAUUGAGAGGAAAUAUGUAGAACUUGAUGUAAGGAGAGUGUUUGAAGCAAACAAGGAGAAAUCUAGGUUCCUCCAUCUAACACAAGGCUUAGGUAUCUUGGAAAAGUAUGCCUCCAAUCUAAUAAAAGAAAACCGCCCUCCAUACUGGCGGACCGUGAAGUUUACCAGUUCCCUUGUCCAAGCUCAUGUUGGCAGACUGAUAGGCAGCCGUGACAUUCUAUCACAAAUGGGUUACACCCAAGACAUUGCAGAUGGUGUUGCCUUCCCUGGCAAUGUUCCUGAGCCUAAUGUUACUAAACUGAAAGAUCUGGCACCAGAUUUGUUCUUUGCUAGAUAUGAAAUUGACACACUACUUGUAAACAAACAUCCUCUUUAUGAAAUGGACCCACCAGUACCUCAGGAGGAAGUGGACCUUCCAAGGCUCUUCAGGUCAAACUAUCCACCAUCAAGACCCUUGCCUUUUCCACAUAGAGCAUCUAGGCCUCCACACCCUGUUGCAGCCACCACAGGGCUGAGUCAACCACCUCCGACUGGCCCAGGUUAUUCAAGGUUUUCCCCAAGACCAUCACCAAGGAGGCAAGGGGGGAAGGAGCCCAUUGAACCAUCAGGGGUACAGGACAAAGGUAAGAUUGUACUGCAGGUAGUGGAAGAACCACAACAAGCUGAACGAAACAAUGAUAGUGAAGGAGACUCUGAGUAUGAAGAUGCUGAAGAUGGUAUACUCCCGGCAAAUGACAGCUCUCCAGCUCAGGCAUCUACAGAUUUUGAGUGUCGUAUAUGUGGAGGAUCAGUGGCAACAAAGUUCUGCAAAGAAUGUAAGGAUACAUUUUGUCCUCCAUGCGACGGCUUGUAUCAUAAGCAUGCAUCUCGACAACAUCACAUUAGAACUGAGUUGAUGACAUCUCCUGUAAGCCCACCUAGACAGCAACCAGUAGUAAGUGCUGUUGCUUCUCCCACCACUGCUGCUCCUGCCACAGUAACAUCUCAACAGAGUCAUGGAGCUGCUGCUGCUUCUGCCGCAGCAAGUGCUGGCAAUGAAACAAGACAAAGACAGAGACCUGUGCCUGCACCAAGACGAAACAUUAAGCAAACCCCGGCAUCCAAUCAAGGUUUAGCUCAAGGGGCUAGAACACCUGAGCCUAAAAGGGAAGAUCAUCCACCCCCAAUCCCUCCAAAACCAUCACAUGAAUUACCUCAGAGACAGCAAACCAGACCAACUAGCCCACCCGUCCAGCAUUCAACAUCUCCCAGGUUGCCUGCCAUGUCACCAGUACCUGCAGCAUCCACUGCAGCCUCCAUGGUUCAAAAUCAAAGAGCUGCCUUACAACCUGCUGCAACAACAGCAACAAGUCAAAGUCAGAGCCAACGAAGAGAAAUUCUAAGGCCUCCACCCUUUCCUCAUUUUAACACUGCAACUCAACAGAGUUCUCUUGAGGCAAAAGAUGAAAACGAUGGUAAUGUUGCAGUUCAAGAUGCUCCACCUCCUUUGCCACCGAGACAGUCCACACCAGCUCAACCCAAAAUGCCAGUGGAGUCAAAGACACCAAGAAAUCUAGGACCUGCUAGCCCAGAUGAGGGUGGGGCAUUAUCCUGUCCAAAUUGUUACUGCUUGAAUUCUGCUGGAGUAAAGACCUGUGUGUUCUGCAAGAAGCCACUCCCUUUAAAACCACCCAAGGAACCAGAAAUUCCAUUUGUGUCACCUCAACAACGGGAAUUCGCAGAAACGAGAAAUUUUCCUGCACCUGUUUGGGCAUUAUCACCGGAUCAAGGUAGAGCUGUUGGCCAAGUGCAGCAGUCACAAGGAAGUGGGAAUGUUGUGUCAGGAACAAAACCUACAACUUCUUCAUCAAAUGCAGGUCAAGUUCUAGUAGACCCUGAUAAGUGGCAGUGUGAACAUUGCACUUUUAUCAACUCAAGGGUACGGAAAAUCUGUGAGGUGUGUUGCAAAACUAGCAAUAUUCCACCACCGCCCUCAAGAACAGCUGAACCUGCAAGAUCCAACCCUGGUUCUCAGUCACCUACACGAAGGGAAAAUCAGGCUGAACAAUUAACUCCACAAAUUUGCACUAAUAUGGCCAUGCAAAUAAAGAGUCAGCAGACCUCUAGCGUAAGUGAACAAAGCAGAAAACCAGAGCCCACAAAUCAGCAGGCUACACAAAAAGAGAUGUCAACAAGACUGCAAGCAGAACAACGCUUAGGAAACACUUUCCCAGCAGGAGGUGACCUUCAGGCUAGAGUGCCAUGGGAUGGCUCAGGAAGAGCAGAGCCAACGGUUCCUGUUGGUCCACCGUUGGAAAGAACCUAUCCAGGUGCAAUCGGUCCUAGUCAGGGAGGGCUACUGAAUCAAUCUGGGAUGGUUUCUCCGGGAGGUAUGCCGCCACUGCCUACAAGAAAUGCUUUUCUCAGAGAUGGUGGACCAUUUGGUCAAUAUGGAUUUCCUCCACCUCCUCCUCAUCAUAUGAUGGAUCCCAUGGGUAUGCCAGCACCUUUUUCAGAGAUGAAUCCAGCAGCAUCAUUUUCUUCACCUAUUGGACAUCAUCUAACCUCUGGCUUAGCUCAGACACAGCCUCCUCCAUCAUGGACAGCAGCACCUCCAACAAAUACUGCUGCUGUGCGAAGACAUCAAGAGGAGAUUUAUAUAGCUGGAGCACGCUAUGUUGAAUGGCUGAAAAAAGCAGAAAAGGAGGGUUUUACAGCAGAAGAGGUGAACAUUGCAACAGUGCUUGGAUGUGAAGAUCAUGAAGGGCCCAUUCACUGGCUGCAGACUGCUUGGUAUGAUUUAAUUCACAGAGUUAUGAUAGAGCUGAGCAUACCAGAAAAUUCACAAGAAAUCGGAAACAUCAGUCCAGAGGAAGUGAGAGAAGCCUUGAUUGAUUGCACAGGGGAAGUCUCUCGUGCAGUCAACAAAUGUAUGGAAAACCGCAAAAAGAAGGUGAAAGAGUUACAACAGGCAGGGGUUUAUGCUAAAACAGAUUGCAUAACUGCCCUGGAUAAUUCAGAAGGAGAUACAGAGAAGGCAAUUUUUGUACUUGAGAAAAUGGCAAUGCGGCCAAUGCUUCAGAGAAUACUGAACAGCUGUCUACCAGACAGUGCGACUCAGGACGAGGUCUUCAUGGCUUUGACAAGGCAAACAAAUACUCAAACUGAUCAGGAGAAAGCCAACUUUGAAGCCAUUGUAAAAGAUGCACAACAAGACAUGGAUCGACGUAUUCGAGCAGUCUUAGCUGAGAAAGAUGUGCCAUCAUGGGGAAGGGCAGAAGUUGUCAUCAAGUUGAUAGACAAGGGCUUUGGAGUGGACGAUUCUGUAGAAGCAGCACGCAAUUGUGGGGAUCUUCAACGCUCUUUGCGCUAUCUGAAACAAGAAUGUCCAUUAUGCGCUGAGCAAUAUCCUAUGAGCCAGAUGAUCACAUUCCUUCACUGCCAAGAUCGUGUCUGUCAAAGUUGUGUCUCACAGUACAUCACGAUAACAAUAAAAGACAAAAAUAUAAUGAAACUUGUAUGCCCAGUUUGUGGAAAACCCGAAAAUUUGGAUGAUGAAGUUGUGGCCACAGAAUAUUUCAACAACUUUGAUAUUCUGAUUCGUGGUAUAGUUGAUAGGGAAACACAUGACUUGUUUCAACGAAAGCUUCGUGAUAGGACACUAAUGAAGGAACCGAACUUCAGGUGGUGCUCACAUUGCUCGUCAGGGUUCAUAAAUGAACGUCCUGAUCAAAUAAAAAUGAUGUGUCUUCAUUGUCAGCAGUUCACCUGUUUCAAAUGCAAACGCCAGUGGGAGGACCAGCAUGAAGGUAUCACAUGUGAACAGUUUGCAGCAUGGAAGGAAGCAAAUGAUCCUGAAUUUCAAGCAGCUGGUCUGGCAGCCCACUUGAGGAUGAAUGGAAUUGAAUGUCCAAACUGCAAGUAUAGAUAUGACCUUUCCAAAGGAGGGUGUAUGCACUUUAAGUGUGCCAUGUGUCCACAUGAAUUCUGCAGUGGCUGCUACAACCCAUUUGUUAACACUGACGCACAGAACUGUCGGGUUUCAGAACAAUGUACUGUGCGAGGAUUACAUGCUCACCAUCCACGUGACUGUUACUUCUACUUGCGUGACCAAGACCCAGAAAAUCUUCAGAAGCUGUUGCGUGACAAUGAUGUUGCAUACAAUACUGAACCACCUGAGGCCCAAGCAGCUGGAGGUAAUGCCUCAGAUGAUGAGGAGCCAGCAGGAGCAGCUGCUGCUGCAGCACCUUUACACUGCAAAGUGAAUGAACAAAAAGAAACUGUGGAUGGUCUGGUUGAUGCAGAGUGUGGAAAUGAAGUACAGGCUGGAAAUGCUGGUCUUUGCAGGAAACAUUAUGUGGAGUACCUUGUGGUAUUAGUUAAUAAUAACUUGCUGGACCCUGCUGAUAUCAUGUCAUCUGAGGACCUUGGUCAUGUGCUGAGGCGAGGCUAUGUUGAGCAGCCACCAAGGCCAAACAGAAUGAGUGAAAAUCAGUAUCACGAGCUUCUGUUACGAACUGUGAAAGAGCAACUUCCAUUGCCACCAAAACCUCCCAGGAAAAGAAUACUAGAUGACGAGGAGGAAGCACCGUUGAGACAAAAUAUUGAGGAGAUUGAAGAAGAAGAUGAUGAUGACGAUGACAAUGAUGAUGUAUGGCAAUUGAGACAAGAUGACGGGCACAUUUUCCUUGGUGAUGCUGAUGAAGAAUUAGAACCAGGAUCUAUUGGAUAACAAAACGUUCACAAGGAACCUUAAGCAAUGUGAAUAUUGAUGUCCUAGCCUUAGUGGAGAGCAACUGGGAGUAUUACAGUCAAUGUUCAACGUGCUACAUGUACUUUAAUCAUGAUGCCAUGAAGCGUACAAUUUAAACAACAGAGUGCGGUGAAAAUGAUGAAAGCGACGAUGAAAUAAAUUUUGAGUUACAAACAGAUGCAACAGAGGAAAUAGAAAUAACAUGGCAAAGGUAUCGAUACUUACAAAUGUUGUAUGACUGGGACAGCUAGGAACACAAUCAAAGGAAAGCAGUGAAGAUGGUAAAACUACAUGACUGUAAAGAACACUAUGGAAAUGCACAAAUAUACUAGAAAAACUUGUGCUAAAACGAAAUUAUGCGAAAAAACUUAACAGAAUAUUGAUCACAUGAAAGUGAGAUAAACAAAAAGAAUAUGAUGACAACAGAAAGAACAUGUGUACAAAUGGAAAAAAUAACAAAAGAAUUUAAAGUGGCCACAACAUCAAGAUAGCUUUCUUUUUUGGAGCUGCAUUUUUUGGUGUCUUACUGUAGCUUGUCUCUAUUUAGAUCAUUUUGUAGGGUGGAGCAGAUAUUACUCAUUAUUGUAACUAUGUUUGUAACAAUAGACAUGAUCAGAUUUUUUUAUGAUUUUUAAAUGAAUGCAAAUGAACGAGUAGACUAUUAGUUA